AUUCUUGCCUGCGGAUAGUGACGCUCCGAAGUGAAUGAAAAAUUUGAUGCUAGUUUUUACGUCGACACAAGUAACAAAAUAGUGUUACGUGAAAAUUGAAAGCUUUUUUCAGUUCCUGUGGCCUUCGGCAGUGUUUUGCUGUGUUUUUGGAAAGUAUCUCAAGCCAGCAAUAGUUGCUAGUUCCUGCAUUACGAAAAUGGAAGAACUACUCGCUUCAGUGAAAAAAGAAGAGUGCGAUGAUAUGAUGAAAGUGGAAGAGCCUGCUCGGCCUGCUGCGAUAAAAGUGGAAGAGGUUAUGAUAUCGGAUGUUCUGGAGCCGGAAAGUGUAAAUGAUAGCCAUUCCGAUGAUACGGCGGCGGGCACGGCCCAACCUGCUACACUUGCCGUUGCCGUUGGUCCAAGUAGUGAUAUUAAGCUAGAAGCUACCUCAUCAGAAGCCACCAUCGGCGAUCAAGCGAAGACGGCUACCAGCGGGGAGAAUGCGGCGCAGCCGGCGGCGGCAGCGACUAAUGACGAAGUUCCAGCUGCUUCCAGUUCAAGCAACUCGCACGCUUUGGAAGUGGACCCUCCUACUGGCAACGGCAGUCAACCGAAGCACACUUGCGACAUCUGCGGCGCAUCAUACAAGUACCGGGCCAGUUUAUACACUCACAAAAAAAUCCACACAUCCAUUUCCGUUGAACCAAGAGCUUACAAAUGUGAUCAGUGUUGUUUACGCUUCUGUCAAGAGCGUAGUCUCAUUUCUCACAAACAGAAAAAGCACUUACCGUCCAGUUCCAAUUCUGGAUUGGGUAAGACCAAAUCCAACAAACCGCGGUUCAAAUGUGAGAUAUGCAGUAGAACUCUUAUGUCAAGUCGAGGACUGAAGGAACACCGGAUUAUGAAACAUACGACGGAAAAGAAUUUUAAAUGCGAUAUUUGCGGUGAAGAGUACCGCAUGUGGAAACAGGUGGAGACACACCUGAAACUGCACAGCUCGGAGCAUUCGCGAUUUGAAUGCGAUAUCUGCGGCAAUAUAUAUAAGAGUAAAGCAUAUCUUAUAGAACAUAUGAAAAUUCAUACCACAGGGCAAAUUACACAAUCUUUCGAAUGUGACAUAUGUGGCGAAAUUUUUAAGACACUCGACAUACUUCGGCACCAUACAAUUGUAAAACACACGUCGGAGAAAAAGUUUGCGUGUGAGGUAUGCGGUAAAGAUUUCCAUAUGAAGCAUUUGCUUACGUGGCACCUGAAAUUGCACAGCUCGGAACUCCUGCACCGGUGUCCGAUUUGUGAAAGAGAUUUUCUAUCUAGAAGUACGCUUAAGCAGCAUAUUCUUAGUCACAGCGACGAGCGACCGUUCGAAUGCGACCUCUGCGACGCAUCAUUUAAGACACGCGAUGGUUGGCAGAAUCACCGCGUAAUACACCGGGUAGUACAUCGCGUAAUAUCCGUCUAUCGAAAACCUCGCGACUUGAAAUACGCUUGUGAUAUUUGUGACCGAAAAUUUCCCAGCAACUAUAAACUUACGGUGCACCUGAGAAAACACACCGGAGAGCGACCGUUCGAGUGCGACAUAUGUCACAAAACUUUCACCAGAACCAUCAUGCUUAAGCACCAUAAAAUCAAACACCACACGCAGGAAAAGAAAUUUAAGUGCCCGGAAUGUGGUAAAAAUUUUCAUUUGAAGGGACAAUUAGCGUUGCAUCUGAAAACACAUAACCCGGAUCGCUCACACAAGUGUCUGACUUGCGGAAAAGUCUAUAAGAAAAAAUACACGCUCGAAGAGCAUAUGUAUCAACACACUGGUGGGCGAACAUUUUCUUGUGACAUCUGCGGCGCAUCAUACAAGCGUAAUGCUUUGAAUAAAUCACAUGUGGUGCACCCUCAACUUGUUGUCUGUUGCCAACAGGAACCGGUUGCUGCAUACCGACGACUGGAACCGGCUGCUGCAUCUCUGCAACUGGAACCGGCUGCCGCAUUUCGGCAGCUGGAGCUAGCGGAUGCUGGAUACCCGAAAGACGCGGCUGCGAAGUGCAUUGUUAUAGUGGUCGCGAGAAUGCGAAACGAACUGGAAAAUUCAACUGCAAUAAAGUUGGAAGCAUCGACUACGAUAAAGGUUGAAGAGUUUAUUAUAACCGAUGUCUCAGGUGUAAAGGAUGAAUCAAUUGAAAUUAACGGACAUUCCGGUAAAACUCUGCCGACCACCUCUGGAGAUAAUCGACCGGUUGUGAAACAAGCAACUGCUGAAAAAGACAUCAUCGAUGAAGUAACGGAAACGGCUGCUGCUGCAGCGGCUGAUAGUUUCAUCAAUUCGCACGCUUUGGAAACGGACCCUCCUACUGGCAACGGCAGUCAACCGAAACACAUUUGCGACAUCUGCGGCGCAUCAUACAAGUACCGGGCUGGUUUACAUACUCACAAAAAAAUCCACACAACGAUAUUCGUUGAACCAAGACCUUACAAAUGUGAUCAGUGUUGUUCGGGUUUCUCUCAUGAGCGAAGUCUCAUUUCGCACAGAAAGAAAAAGCACUUACCGUCCAGUUCCAAUUCUGGCUUGGAUAAGAACAAAUCCAACAUACCGCGGUUCAAAUGUGAGAUAUGCAGUAGAACUCUCAUGACAAGUCGAGCACUGAAGGAACACCGGAUUAUAAAACAUACGACGGAAAAGAAUUUCAAAUGCGACAUUUGCGGUAAAGAGUACCACAUGUGGAAGCAGUUGGAGACGCACCUGAAACUGCACAGCUCGGGGCAUUUGCGAUUGAAAUGCGAUAUCUGCGGCAAUACGUAUAAAAAUAAAGCAUAUCUUGCACAACAUAUGAAAAUUCAUACCACAACACAAUCUUUCGAAUGUGACAUAUGUGGCAAAUCUUAUAAGACGCUCGAUAUACUUCGGCACCAUAAAAUUGUAAAACACACGUCGGAGAAGAAAUUUGCGUGUGAGGUAUGCGGUAAAGGUUUCCAUAUGAAACAUUUGCUUACGUGGCACCUGAAAUUGCACAACUCGGAACUCCUGCACCGGUGUCCGGUUUGUGAAAGAGAUUUUCUAUCUCGAAGUACGCUUAAGCGGCACAUUCUUAUUCACAGCGACGAGCGACCGUUCGAAUGCGACCUCUGCGACGCAUCAUUUAAGACACGCGAUGGUUGGCGGAACCACCGGGUAAUACACAUACCUGUCGAUGGAGAACCACACGAUCAGAAACACGUCUGUGAUAUCUGUGACCGAACAUUUCCCAACAACCAUAAUCUUACGGAGCACCUGAGAACUCACACCGGAGAGCGACCGUUCGAGUGUGACAUAUGUCACAUGUCUUUCGUCGCACGCAGAAAACUUAAGUACCAUAAAAUCAAAAACCACACGCAGGAAAAGAAUUUUAAAUGUCCGGAAUGUGAUUAUCUGUUCUUAAUCUAUGUGGCACUGUUUGACAUACCACCAGAAAUUCAAGUGGUUGCACGCAAAUGUCUAAAGGUUCCAAUGUUCCUUUGCCGAGGAGUUAGUAGAUGCUUGCUAAUGUAUUAG